GAAAUGAAAUGGGUUUUUUUUUUAACUCUCUUCUGUUCUGCUCCUAAACUGGGCUAAUGAAGACGAGCAUACGCCAUACAGUGUGCUAUGAUGGAAAUUUUGCCCAGGCAGCGGCACUACGGCCUACACUUAUUGAAUUCCAACUGCCAAGGGAUCUUUUUUUACAUGCAGGCUAAUAGGGUAUGUACAAGGGACCUCGUUUUUCGUCCCAUCCGAACGACUAGACAGCUGUCCUUGUCAGACCCUCCAUCCUCCAUCACUAACAAUAUGGAGAAACCACGCCGGAAAAACUGGAUACCAAACUUAUGAGACAAACCUGCGGACAAGACACAAAAACUACACUGACAUUGCAAGCAAUAAACAGUAAAAAUGUUUAAUAAAAUGAACAAAAACCAAGAUGUGUCUUAACAAUAAUUAUCAACUUAUAAAUAAAAUAAGUAAAGACUGGCAUGGAUUAUUGAAGGCUCUAUCAAGUCCAAAUAAUCAACUGAAAGCUGCUGAGGAUUGGAUUAAAGAUGUUAUGUCCUGUGGAUAUGAAACCAAACCAAAUUGGACAACCUUACUGUCUGAAUUGGUGGACAUAGAACCGAAAGUUGAAACUGACCAAUUAGUUUUUAAACCAAGAAUUGUACUGCUGUCUUCAGACAUACAGCGCCUUCUAAUGGCAGUUUUCUUCCAUCAUCGUCACUCUAUUUCUUGUACAGCUCUUCAUGUUUUUCUAACCAAGAUAAAACCCCAUCUUCGUUCUGAGUCGUGGAUGAUGAAAUUACAUGUCAUGCUAACCAAGCAUGUACAGAGUACAGUAACAAGUUUAUCCAUGUAUAAAUUUUCCUGGUGCAAUAGUCAGCUGUAUCAGAGCCUGUUAAAGUCUUUAAAAAAUAGUGAAGACCACAUUCCUUGGCAGAAAAGUCAAGCCCAGUUAUCAGAAUUAUUCUGCUGUCUGGAUAAAGAUGAUGUAAAGUUUUCCCAAGAAGAAAGUUCCAAUUUAUAUGACAAUGAUGUUGAAAUGAUUGAACACAAUUACAAACAAUCUGCUAAAGGUAUUACAUGCGGCGAUUCUGUUCAAAGUGUAAACAGCCCAGAAAAGUUAACCCCAAUCGUUUCUCAGAUGUCUCAAUGUAUUGUUAUAUCAUCAUCAUCUGAAGAAGAAGAAGAAGAAACUGAACCAAAAAAUUCUGGUACAAGGAAGAGAAAGCAACAAGAUUCUCCUGAAGAACCUCCAGCAAAAAGAACUAGGGAAGCCUCAGACGAAGAUACAAAGAUUGAUUUAUUUGCAAAUCUCACAGCUGAUGAUAAGUUAAAGAUAAAUAAUUUAAAAGACGGUUGGAGGUGUGGUCAGAAAGAUUCUUCUCUAAACUUCAAUAUUUUUGUCACUUCAAACCCCCAACAGGUAGGGAGUAUAUGUGUAUAUAUUGGUAUAUCAGACUACGAUGAAGAAUGUUUAACAACAGCUUGUGAAGAUCUAUUGUCUAAUUCUGCUAUUAUACCAUAUGAUAAUACAAUUGUCUUUAUGGAAUAUGCUAUUAAAGAAAAGUUCAUAGAUAUAACACAGACACCAACCCGAGUCUUUGCUUCUGUAAUGAUGGAUUUAUGUAAAGUCUUCCCUAAACAGUUCAUUGAUAUAGUUUCAAAAAUUAUUACAGAGAAACCUAUAAAUGUAUAUCAGAGUGAAAUAAUAUGUAGAAUUUGUUCUGAAAGUAUGGAAGAAAGAGAUCAUCAAUAUUUUAUUAGGAUUAUGGUUGCUACCCCUAGAGUUAUAGAUGAACCAAUCAUCUCAAUUUUACAAUCACUAAUUGAACUCAAAGUAGACAUAUCACCAGAUGUAACAAUUGAUCUGAUUGGUUGUUUAUCGCUGUCUAGAACUCAAUUAUCUACCAGUAAGAAAUUUGGAAAAUUUCUACUACACUUCAUCAAUAAAUAUGGCAAGCAGUUCCAGACAUCAGAAUUAUCAUCCAUGGCAGUUAUAUUAGACAGUCAUUCUACGUUUUUGAAGAAAGCUGCUGAACUUGCGUUUAAAAAAUUUAAUUCAUUGUAAAUAUAACUGAUAAAAACAGUUGAAUAGUUUAUAAAUAAAUUCUUUAAAAACACUUUGAUUGAAAAAUGUAUUUUUUAAAAUAAAUGGAUGUUUUGGCUCUUUGGAUCUCAGUUCCCGACAUAACGUCACACCAGCGUUUUAAUUUAUUUACAAAAUACGAAACAGUGCCAUGUGUAGUAGUUAUGCAUUGUUGAAACUAUAUAAUUAUUUGACUACCAGAUAGUGAAUAAGUUAUUCUUUGAAGUUACGAAUUGAAAUGGAUAUAUAACGUCCUACUUUUCUGCAAAUAUUCAUUGAGAAACAAUAAAGCAAUACAGUUAGCCUGACAUUUAUAUGCUGGCCCCCUUAGUUAUUUAGUCGGAGCAGAACAGUAGGACGUUAAACCCCAUUUUAUUUGAUUUCAUUUCUUUAAGUUAUUUACUAGACGCCAUUAUCCCCCAGGUUAA